AUGGACGCUAUGGAUCCCGAGCAGGUGCUGAUUGCGGAGGCGGAGAGGGACCGUCACGUGAAGGUGCUGGCCGCGCCGGGCUCCGGCAAGACGAAGGUGUUGAUCGCCAGGGUGCGGCACUUGAUGGAGUCGCAGGGAGUGAAGCCGAAGCGGAUCCGGGUGGUCACGUUCUCGAGGCAGGCGACGCAGGACAUACAGGCGAGGUUGGACGGCCGCAUCAAGGCGUCCACGAUACACUCGUUCUGUCUGGAGUUGGCGGAGGUGUUCGAGCCUGUGGUGCGGAACGGGCUGCGUCACGUGAGCGGUCCGUGUGCGUUGGCGGUGGAGGUGGAAGCGGCGAGCGGUGGGCUCUUCCCCGCGGAGACGCUCGUGUCUGGUGCCGAGGCGGAGGUCUUCGUCCCCGACGAGCAUAUCUUCAGGCUGUUGAGGGCCUUCCGUGCGGGCGCCGUGGACGGGGACACGGCGGAGCAGGUGCGGGCGUCCGUCCCGGACUACCUCAUGAUCGACGAGUUCCAGGACACGAACGCGGUCCAGUUCGAGGUGGUCCGCCUGUUGGUCCAGAGGUACGGAACGCGGGUGUUUGCGGUGGGCGACAAGAAUCAGACGAUCUACGGGUUCAGGAACUCGGAUCCCGCGCUCUUCGACGAGGUGGACGGCCUGGGCACGUACGCGUGCGCUACGUUCUCUCUGAAGCGCAACUACAGGAGUACUCCAGCGAUCGUCGAUUUCUGCAACGACGUGUGCCCGGAGGGGGGGGCGGGCAGGAUGGUGGCGGCGCGCGAGUCCGGCCCCUCCGUGGCGCUUCCGAGACUCGCCGUGUUCGAGGACAGGAGCGACGAGAGCGCGCACGUGGCGGCGGCGGUGAUGGAGCUCCGUCGAGCGGGGGAGGACGACGUGGCGGUGAUGGCCCGGACUCAGAAGGAUGCGUACGCGAUGGCGCACAAGUUGAGCGAGCUGAAGGUGCCGGCGAGCAUCUUCAUGGGCGACUCCGACGGGUCGAGGCCGAAGAAGCGCAGGGUGUCGAAGCGGGAGGGACUCGCGCCGGUCUUCGUGUGCACCAUACACGCGGCCAAGGGGCUCGAGUGGAAGCACGUGUUCCUGGUGGGAUGCUCCGACGCGCUGAACCGUUGCCUCACCGCCAAGGAGCUCGAGCAGGAGCUGAACCUGUUCUACGUGGCGUGCUCGAGGGCGAAGGAUGGCCUGACGCUGACCAGCCCCACGAAGUGCAUCACGCGCCUGCUGUUCAGGGUGCAUGAGUCGCGGUACGAGAUCGAUAGGGCUUCGGACCGGACCGUGGCUCCCAUGUUCGGGUACUUCGGGGACGCGGAGACGCAGAUGACGACGCACCGGUCCGUGACCCACUUCGUGCGCUACGCCACGGGCGAGUUCUUCGAUAGCGCGAAGCUGGACGGGCUCGUGCCGAGGGGCUUCCCGGGGGCCACCAUCGAGAGGCUGCACGCGGUGCACGCUUUCCCGUAUGGGAGCGAUCUGAACGUCAUGGCGUCGACCAGGCGGCCCGACGUGGAAUCGUUCCGAACCAUGCACGAGUAUAUGCUGAUGGACAUGUACGAGAUCUUCGUGGACGAGUUCUUCAAGGGGCUGAAGAACCACGACCGCGGGUUCGCGGAAUUCGUGCGGCUGCUGCACGGACUCUUGUACCCACGGCACAGCCCGAGCCGGCACCGUAUACCGAAGAGCGCCGACGACGCACGCUCUCCCGAAUACGUCACCCUUCGUCGAGGUUUCAUCCGGCUCACGUUCCAGGACCCUGAAGCGGAACAGACAAGAGUACUCGAAAGCCCUGGGCAUCCGCGCCAGAUCCCCGGACCGAUCGGUCAGGCUCAGCUCCAUGCCUCCUAG